AUGUUCUUCACUCGCCACUCUGCUGCAGUCGUAGCACUUGCCUUUCAAGUCUCGGCGAAUCCAAUACCAGAAGCAUCGAACAACAUCACAUCGAGGCAGAAUCCAAUCUGGAGAGUCGAUUUCUGGACAGGCGACGCUUGCUCUGGAGCGAACACCGGUUCCUACAGCGGUCCUUCCAGCGAGCCGCCUAUUGAUUUUCAGAAUUGCGAGCCGAUCCCGGACAUUGGCGUCUCACAGGCAGUGACAUAUUACGGAGAUCUUGAUUAUGAAUUCCGUAUCCACGCGGAGGACACUUGCGGGGAUAUAACGGAGUUCUAUAUUGGCAAUCAAGACAGCCCUCUCUGUAUUCCUCUGACGGAAGUGCCCGGAGCUAUUGCGUGGAGUGUGCAAGUCGAGGCUUGA